AUGGACCAAUCCAUUGCGCCGCCCGGUAAGGGUGCAGCAACGGUGGACGCUGAGGACGCUGAGGACGCAAACUUCGCUGGCCGUCGAUCCGGCCGCCCCCAUCCAUGCAUUGGCAGCCUUAUGCAUCUGACCCGGUAUAGGGCUGACCAUUGGCUCGCACCCUGGGUCAGGCCAACCAGCCAGAAACACUCAGCCUCCAGCGCAGUUCUGCUUACUGACUUCUUGUCGCUUUGCUUCGCCUUGUGGUGCGUCUCCUCGCACGCUGGGGCGAACAGCGUCCGUCUGGCGGAAACGGGUGUUCUUUCCCUGCUGCCAAUCAACACCCGGCGAUGUGACAGAUCACCCAGCAUGAUGCCAGCCUGCAUCGAUAGACCCUCGAUAAUCUGCACCCUCGCUGCAGGCGGCCCCAUCCCGCUACGCCAAUCGGCAGGGCUGGCCAUCGCCACGGGCACCGGCGGACGACCAACAAGGCAACUCGUGAGUUCGCCCGAUCGCGUCUCGCUACUCGUCGGCCGAGUACUGCUCACUAAUGAUUCUGCAUUAUCUGACUCAUUUGCUGUCAAGGAAAGGCUGCACUCACGUAAGAUGGUCGAGUCAAAGCCACGCCUCGUGGCGAUUUGUGCAGAGUUGGGGAUGGCAAGUGACCGAGUCCAUCGGAGGGAUCCGACGCUGGCGGGGGCCGACGACGACCAUGUCCGGAGACGAAGACUUCAGCCAGCGAUGGUUGGCCUGAACCGCGUAUCUUAA